CUGCCAGUGCGGGACCCAAAAGAUUCGCGAUAGAUUGUGUUCGAAUUCUGGCGGCCAAAAUUUCCGUCGCAUUUACCAUCCACGUCUGGCGUGUGCUGGGGAACCCGUCGAGCUCCCCAGGGUUGCACAUCCAGCUCAAUCAUUGCCAUUGUCCCGUGUAAAUAGCCCUCUGGACCUGUUUCGUACUAUUGUCGUCCAGUCCACUCAUGCAUGACGACGAACUGAAAAGUUCUGCCUAACACUCGAUCAGCUCCAAUACUCAUGAAGCAAUCAAAGCCUUUCGCAUCCCAUCAUCAUGCGGCAAAAUCUGGCUGAGUUGUUGGCUUCGGCUGUCUCGACCACAUAUGGUUCAUACUACGGCGCAGUCCUCUCUGCGCUCACCACUCGAGCACGGGCGACAUCUGCCCAACUCAUACGUGCAACACCGAACCUAAGCAGCGGCGAUGUUCGCCUUGCCCUAGUCGCAAUGGUACAGCAGCGCAUCGUCAACCACUAUACCGAUGCGUCGGGCACGACCUUCUACGAGCCCAACUGGGAGCACGCCUACAACUUCAUGUAUCGCAUACCGACGCUGUGCAAAUUAGUUGAAGAACGAUAUGACACAUGUGUCGCAAAUGUGUUCAAUGCCGUCGCCCGGGCCGGUGUCGUCUGCGUAAACGAAUUGCUUACUGAGAUGUGUCCAGCUCCACCCGAAGACGCGAAAAGCAAGCACGAAAAUUCAAACACAAAUAUGGUUGAAAAUGGCGGUUCAGAUACAAGAGCUGGCCAAAGUGCUAUUCUAUCCGAGAAUGAGCUCUAUGGCGCCCUAAAUGUGCUGCUAGCCGCAGGUUAUUUGAUGAGAGUGAAUCUUCGACAGUUCUGGCCGCCCCACGACCGCGAGAUCGAGGCUACCAACGAAGUGCUUCGCUCAGACUUUCCCACUGGCGUGAGCGCGAAGAAGGAGAAAGAUGAACUAAAAAGGCAGACAAUGCGGCUUCUACGUCGCUGGCGCGAGGAGGACGAAAACUUCGAAUCUCAUGGCGUCAAUGGUUUCAACAGCCCUUCUCGCAAGCGCACCGCGCACCAUGGAGAUUCAUAUCUCGAUGCAGACGCAGAGCUAAGAAACCCCAAGCGGCAACAAUUAAAUGGUCAAUCAAAAACCCUUGUUGAACACCACAGAAGCUGGCUCUCAAAGCACCAAGAUCCACUAGACCCUGACCUGAUCAUUGCCGUGAACUUCGACAGAUGUGCUGUCGGCCUGCGUACAAACCAAUUCAUCCAAUAUUGCGAGCGGCACAUCCAUCCAAUGACUGCAAAGGUGUACGGAGCACUGCUGCGCGUUCUUGAGGGUUCUACAAGUCGCUGCUUUGAUCCUUUAGAGGAAAGGCCCGAAAAUGAGCGUGAAUUCUUCGGUCCUGUUUACGAGAAGCCUAAAAAGAUUGAUUCAGGACUAUCAGAAGCUGUGACGACGCAACAGAUUGCGAAUAUGCUUGAAGCGGACCUGGAUCUUACCGCAGGCCUUGCACCUGAACCGAACGAUGAUGUUGAGCCUUCCGUCGAGAAUGCAAAUGUUGUCAAUGGUCAUGCUUCGCGUCACGAAGACGAUGAUGAUCCAGAGAGCGCGCGAUUACGCAGGAUAGAACAGCAUCUUCAUGUUCUCGUAUGUGACUCGCGUGGGCUGGUACGAAGAAAGCAUCGAGAAUGGUUUGUCCCUUUCCACUCCACAACGCAACGCAUAAUAGAGUCUGAGAUCGAGUCUUGCAUCACACAUACCCUUGGUACACUACCAGCGCGAAUGGUUCGCAUCCUCAAGUUCUAUGGUCAUCAAGAGCUUCGCCAUCUCGCCUCUAGAGCCAUGGUUACUGAAGACCAAGCUCGCACAGCGUGUCAGCUCCUGCAGCAAGCUGGUUGGAUCGAUGUUGUAGAGCUUCCGCGGACAGCGCGUCGAGAAGUGACGAAAAGUCUAUGGCUCUGGUGUUAUGAUGUGCUGCAAGCGCGUCAAAAAUGUCUGGCUGAUUGCUAUUUUACCAUGACACGACUGUCCAUUCGCCUCCAGAGCGAGCGUCAGAAGAUCGAAUCUGUCAUUACUAAAUCGGAACGCUCGGACGUAGUAGGCCAUGAAGACAAGUUCCUCAAUAACGAGGAGAAGGUGGCACUUGCUAAGUUUGCAAAAUCGACAGAUUUGAUCACAAGACAAAUGGUGCGUAUUGAUGAACUUGUGGCCGUGAUGAGGGAUUUCAGCGCGAUGGAGCAUCCGCAUAAGCUUUGGGACCUAGGUUGGGUUGAUUGGCAAAGCCCAGAGAGGGAUGGGCUCGAUGAUGGAACAAGAGCGCUCGAAGAGUAUGUUGAGGGCGCCGAAGACGAAUCGAAUAAUGAAGAUGAGGAUGAAGGUCUUAAUUAGGCCCAAAGUUGGGCUCUAAUCGAGUCUCAAAGUUAUCGAACAGUGCACUGGGACAGAGGGGGGGGGUUUUUUUUUUUGCAUAGCAUAUGGCAUCUGAUCACUAAGCUUGCAAGGACUGUCAGCAUCGCUCAUCGAUGGACCUAUUUUAGCCAUCCACCAGAGAGGAGAAACUCCGUUCUUCGGCAUUUGCCUCAGAACCAUCAGCAAAAUUGUUUCAGUCGUGUUUCGAGCACUCUUCACUAGACAGUUCUGAGUAAAUGAAAGAGAGAGAGCUGUGUAGAGGAAGCCUGCCACUG